CGGACGUAAAAACACGAAACCGGCAAAAAGGCGCUGACCGAAACCAACGUUGAAAAGGAUGAAAUUCACGCUAAACACCGUAACGAAGUGUUCUGGCCGAUUGGGCCUCUGGAGUGGGUUGGAGCGUCUACCGAACGUCGCACUGCAGACACCGGGCCUCAUAUUCCACACGAAGGGUGGUAGUGUUCCGCAUGUAAGCAAAGAGGCCCUCCAGCAGCUGUCCAGUGUACCCCAGUUCCUGCAGAUGAGUAUUUCCAACACGAUACACAUGCAGGAUGCGGUACAAGGAUGCCAGAAGACGCUCGGUGAAUUUGUAGCCCAGAGCGAAGCGGUGAGCAUGCUGGUUCUGCGCGAUCCAUCCGAAGCGCCCGUUUCCGGUGUACCGGAGCGUGAUGCCGUACCGAUCUAUACACGCUGUGGACGGCGCGCAGUGAAUGUGGACACAUACAUGCGUCUGGUGGAGUCGUUCCAGCCCGAUCUGUACGUGCCACUGUACGAUGGAGACACGGAGCUCGGAUGCUCGAAGAAACGGGAACAGAAGUCAGUGGAUCGUACUGAAACGUUCGUCCAAGAGUGUCUCGAGUGGCACCGCAAAUCGGAGAAGCUUAGCGGCAAAAGUGGCCUGAUUGCUCCCGUAGUUGGCGGAUACAGUGAGAAAUUGCGCGAGAAGGCGAUCGAAUGGUUGCGGCAGACGGAGCACGACUUUGCUGGCUAUUUGAUCGAAGGAUUGCAUACGUACGAUCCGAGCGUGGUUUCGAGACUCACCAGCGAGACCAUCCUGCCAAUUGUAACACCCGUCUGUAAGGCACUGCCCCAGGAACGGGUGCGGCUAUGUUUCGGCGCGUACGAUCCAAGCGUUGUGCUCGAACUCGUAUCCGCAGGAGUGGACGUGUUCGACACAAGCUACGCGUAUCUGAAAGCAGCACAGCAACACCGGGCACUCAUCUUUUCGUUCGACGUUUCCGACGAAGAAUCGGAGAUGAAGCAGGAAUCCAGCCAGCACGACACGGAACUGGAUACAACGGAUACACGAUGGGCCGAAGAUUUUAGUCCUUUGCUGGCCGGAUGCAGCUGCUACACGUGCCAGAAGCAUUCCAAAGCGUAUGUGCACCAUCUGUACAACACGCGCGAGAUGCUCGGACCGAUUCUACUCAUGAUCCACAACCUACAUCACUAUACGGAGUUCUUCAAAACCAUCCGCCAUCACGUGACCCAAGACACGCUGCCGCAGCUGAGGGCUCAUCUUUCACGCCAACGCACCCUUCCGCCGUAUGUGGAAAAAGAGGACAAAAAGCAGGCAAUACCGAUGGGGAGAAAGGAAUCAACACCACCUGCGGAGCCUGCCGAGGAUCUGGAAGAGAAGUUGACCAAAAAGCAACGAUCUUAGUGACGAUAACACUGGGGCAAACCCUUUGUCGCCAGUCGCGUAAGAUAAUAAAAACAUACGUGUCCAACAUACUGGCUGGCUUCAUA